GUCCCGAGGAGAUGUCCAGUGAAGGUAGGAGCCAAAGAGCGACGAAGAAGAGGAGCAAUUUGCUGCACCGCGUAACCUGCGGCCACCAAACAAAGUGUCCAAAGGCCUCGUAGGAAGAGGACCCCAAUCGAACAGCAACACGCCACUCCUCAGCUCCUAGAGGCUUCCAAAACACCCCAUUCUGUCCCCUAUCUUUCUCUCCCUGAUUUCUCUCUACCACUCCACUCCUCCAGUUUAUUCAUCUUCCUAGUGCUCUCCACAUUCCGGCUCUCAAAAUUCCUCAACCAGCCUCCACUCUCACGGUAGUUGCACGGUCCUCUUCCUACGUGCGAGGACCAGGACUGAGACCGCGAAGCGCGAGGCGAGGAACAUCACGAGACAAAAACGUCGACCUCUUCGAUUCAAAUCUACACAAAUCUGCUUUGCGACUGGCCCGUUAGGACCAAGCAGGAAAGAACCGAUCGGCGCCGCAGGCGAAAGAGAAGAGGAAGUGACGAAGUGAACCGAAGAAAAAUCGGGUUUUUACCCGAUAUCAAAAAUGUGCGCGUAAGAGAAAAAUUCCCGCGGAAGGGAAACUUUCGCUGGGAUAGUGAAGAGAGGAAGAGAGAGAGUGAUAGUGAGAAGAGAGUCCAGGGUGUUGCGAAAACAUCUGGAAUCGGUGUCGAUCAAGACGGGGAAACGGUUGCAGGACGAUGAGUUCUUUUCACGCCUUUUCAUGGACCUUCGCCCUCCUCACAGCCACUGUGGCCUUACUACCGGCCACCUACCGUUCGCCUUUUGCACACGCUGCUGCAACCGGUGGUGGAAGUAUGUUAGGCGACGUAAAUAUCUCAGCAAUCCUGGACUCCUUCUCGGUGAAUUAUGAUAAAAGAGUAAGACCGAACUACGGAGGUCCUCCUGUCGAGGUGGGCGUCACCAUGUACGUCUUGAGUAUCAGCUCGCUAUCCGAAGUGCAAAUGGACUUCACGUUGGACUUUUACUUCCGGCAAUUCUGGAAGGAUCAACGACUAUCAUUCAAAAAGCGAACAGGCGUGGAAACUCUGAGCGUGGGCUCGGAGUUUAUCAAAAACAUUUGGGUGCCGGACACAUUCUUUGUCAACGAGAAACAAUCAUAUUUUCACAUCGCCACCACCAGUAACGAGUUCCUUCGCAUUCAGCACACAGGCAGCAUAACACGAAGUAUACGAUUAACAAUUACGGCUUCGUGUCCCAUGAAUCUCCAGUAUUUUCCGAUGGAUCGACAGCUAUGUCAUAUCGAAAUUGAGAGCUUCGGAUACACCAUGACGGACAUCCGGUACAAGUGGAAUGAAGGAAAAGACAGCGUUGGCGUCAGCAACGAAGUCUCCCUACCUCAAUUCAAGGUCCUUGGUCACCGACAGCGGGCCAUGGAGAUUAGUUUAACCACGGGUAAUUACUCGAGACUGGCCUGCGAGAUCCAGUUCGUUCGUUCCAUGGGAUACUACCUGAUCCAGAUCUACAUUCCCUCUGGACUGAUCGUGAUAAUUUCAUGGGUGAGCUUUUGGCUAAACCGAAACGCAACCCCCGCUCGGGUAGCCCUCGGAGUAACCACUGUGCUCACCAUGACGACCCUUAUGUCCUCGACCAAUGCGGCCCUUCCCAAAAUCUCCUACGUCAAGUCCAUCGACGUCUAUCUGGGCACCUGUUUCGUCAUGGUCUUCGCAUCAUUACUCGAAUACGCCACAGUCGGGUACAUGGCGAAGAGGAUCCAGAUGAGAAAGAAUCGCUUUCAGAAAAUAGCAGAAAGCAUGAAAGCUGCCCGGGAGAAUCCGGGACCACCUGGAAUUCCCGGAGAUCAUGGGGAUCACGCACCCAAGCAAACUGAGGUGCGGUUCAAGGUCCACGACCCAAAGGCACACAGUAAAGGCGGUACACUGGAAAAUACAAUAAACGGAAGAGCCGACGAAGAAGCGCUACCAGCACCACAACAUCUCAUUCAUCCAGGCAAAGAUAUCAGCAAACUUUAUGCUUCAAAACCCAGGGAGACGAUAUUAGGUGUUACGCCUUCGGACAUUGACAAAUACUCCCGCAUCGUAUUUCCGGUAUGCUUCGUGUGUUUCAAUCUGAUGUACUGGAUUAUAUACCUACACAUCAGCGAUGUUGUCGCUGACGAUCUUGUGCUACUCGCAGAAGCCACCAAGUAAAAAUCUAAAGACAAAUCUUUUCAACGAGAAAAUCAGUUCAAGAGGAGAUUGAAGAAAUCAGAAAAAUCAGCAAGAAAAUCAGAACGAUGGUAACACGUUGUGACUCGCUCCAUGCUAGGGUACUACCCUGGGUGCUUAUAAUAAAUUCAAGUGAACUCGAAACACUGAUUUUUACUUAGUGAGUGCGACCAUCAUCCGCGAACAAGACUGUCCGACAUGUUCGCAUCUGACCGAGGAAAGUCCUCAUUCCCUCAGUUUCUCUUUCUCCCAGUAUUGCUAACCCUUUUAUUUCUUUCGAAUGAAACCAAAAAUGUCUUCUUCUGACGCGAAAGGAACAAUGGUGAUUUUUUCCAUCAAAUCACUUACAGAGGUUAGUAAGAACUCCUGUGGACUCAGCAAGUAAUGGCCAUUUAACGUUACGAAACGUAAACAGAAACGCUUUAGAAGUGAUCGUUAAGCAGCAAAAUCGUUAACUCGUUAAGGAAUACUCAUCAAAUCAGGUUCGACAAGCGUAAAAGUCGACUUCUCAACGCUCGGGUAAGAUAAUAGGAAAUAAAUAAAUAAAAAAAACUGUUCCGCUAAAAUAAGGGAGAGUGGAUUUCUGUAAAGACAAAGAACACGUCAAUUUAGCUACAAUAGCAGUUACUAAAAAAAUCGAAAUUAAUUA